UCUUUCCGGACGCCGCAGGUUCGAGGCACGCAGCUCUCCCCUCUCCCUCCAUUGUCAUAAAUUCGCUGUGCUCUCUGCGUUCUCUCUAUUUCUCUGUCUAUUUCUCUGUCUCUCUCUCUCUCUCUCUCUCUCUCUCUCUCUCUAUUUCUCUAUUUAUUUCUCUAUUUAUUUUUCUAUUUAUUUCUCUCUCUCUCUCUCUCUCUCUCUCUCGCUUGUUCUCCCUUUCUCCGUCAAUCCCCCUUUCAUCCCCUAACAGCCCCACGGCCUCUCCCUUUCCGCCCUUCCUCGUGCCGUCUCUCGCGCUCGACGUCUCUCUCGCUUCCUCUCCUCUCUCUCCUCUCGCCGCUGGGCCCCAGGACGACGUCGAGGCGCGUCACACCGUCUCUCCCCCCACCGAUCGGAACGCGGCGCGGCGGCGACGGCCAAUCGCGGCGGCGCUUCCGGCAACGGUGACGGCCCAAUGGGCGAACACCGGCGACGGAUAGACGCUGACGAUCGCUGAUUUUGACAGUCGACACACGACGACGGUACCGUGCUGCGGUCUGCUUCCGUGCGCCUCCGCAUAGGCCUCUAUCACCUGGCGGGGACCCUGCGUGGCUCGGUAGCCGCGAUACCUCGGUGUCAACGGGACAUUCUUGUGCGGAGACAGACCUGCUCCUCUUCACAGUGAUAUAGUGCGCGAAGGAAGAGAAAGAGAGAGGGAGAAAGAAAGAAAGGGGAAAGGGCGGCGUCGAGAUCCACGUGGUCCCAGAGUGGUUUCGUUCGGGGCUCUCCUACGAGACAGUGAAUACACACACGUACAGUGCGAGACCCAGUUUCUGCGUGGUUCCCGUGUAAAGGAGAUAGAUUUCCCGCGGAAAAAGGGACUGCCAGGUGCCUGGGAUACCAGAUACGGUGACGGAUGCUGGCACAAAUAGACAACUGGGACCGCGAAGCCUCGGUGCGCCGCCUUGAAGACCCCUUAAUCAUCGUCCACCCCUGCGCCGAUCCUCUUUCCGGAACCGUGCUCUUCUUUCUGUGACACGCCGGUUUUCUACGGAGUUGUUUUUCGAUACUUGUUGCAUCGGUUCGUCGACGCGCGAGGGACCGGUGGUUGCUAAGGUGAACAGAGAUAAAGAGAGAGAUAGAGAGAGAGGAGGUCCGUGUGAUUGGGUGAUCGGAACGCUAGAGGACUUAAAUGCUCGCGUGAGAGGGUGAUCGAUGAGCUGCGCCAUGGAGUAUCAGCAGUUGGCGCCACCGCCGGUACCGGGCGUGCUGCACCAAGCGCACCACCAGCAGCAACAGCAUCAGCAAACGGUCCAACCCCCGCAGCCGCACAUCGUGGUCGCGCCUGCGCACCAACAGCAACCCCAACAACCACCGCCGCCGCCGUUGCCGCCCACGUCCCACGGGCAUCAGGUGCACGCGCCACUUCCGCCUAUCCACGACGACAGCACCAGCUCGCGGUGGAGCCAGUACCAACACCUGUGGAGGCAGCAUCAUGUCUAUGUCAAUGGGAAAGAAGAGAAAAAGGACGCAGACGGAGAGCUAUGGGGCAACGUGGAAGCGCAGGCCGCCUUCCUCGGCCCGAACCUCUGGGACAAAACUCUGCCCUAUGAUGCCGACCUGAAGGUAUUGAACCAUUAUGUGGAUCUCGACGAGUUCCUCUCCGAGAAUGGCAUUCCUGCGGACGGCGUGGCCGGCGGCGGGCAGGGCACGACGCAGACCGGGCCUCUGCACAAGAUCAACAACACCGAAGCACCUGGACACCAGGGACCAGCCGGGGUCCACCUGGAGCCCGUGACCAAGCGCGAGAGAUCACCCUCGCCGAGCGAAUGUUGCUCACCCGACACCAUGAACCCUCCCUCGCCCGCGGACUCCACGCUCUCGAUGGCCUCAUCGGGGCGAGACUUCGAUCCACGCACCCGGGCCUUCUCCGACGAGGAACUGAAACCGCAGCCGAUGAUCAAGAAAUCACGGAAGCAGGUGAGUUCGUUCGUUCCGGAUGACCUGAAGGAUGACAAAUACUGGGCGCGUCGUAGGAAGAACAACAUGGCGGCGAAACGAUCACGGGACGCGCGCCGCAUGAAGGAGAACCAGAUCGCUCUCAGGGCCGGCUUCCUCGAGAAAGAAAACAUGGGCCUGCGACAGGAACUGGACCGGUUAAAGAACGAGAAUAUGCUCCUGCGCGACGAGCUGAGCAAGUACACGGAGGUCUAACAGCUUGGCGGGCAAGCGAGACAACGGCUCCUGGUCCUGGUGUCGCGAGGCGGCAGGACGCGAGCGUUUGUUGCGCCGGCUCCACCUCCCACACUUAUAGUCGCAGCACUUAGGUAUCGCCAGUCCGGAAGCAAACUAAACAAGGGAAGGAAGGAGCGCGCCGAAUCACGAGACCAUCCUCGACAAUUGAACAGGACGACAGCCCACUUUCCUAGAGGAUCCCGAGGAUAUCCUUCGAGAAGUUCUGCUAAUCAUCGAUUCUCUCUAUCUCUCUCACAUAGACACACACACACACACGAGAAUGACACGCAACCGAAAGGAAAAAAAAGAAAAAACGAGAAACAUGCCACACGUACACGCAGCAGACGGUCCCACAUUCGAGUCCCCUCAGCCCCCGUGAUCCUUCCGAGCAGAGAGGAGAGUAGAACGGAAAGAAUAAUACAUCCAUCGUCUCUCUCUCCCCCGCUCUCCCUCUCUCUCUCUCUCAUUCUCUUUCUCCCGCCAUCCCGAACCUCCGUUCUCCACGUCCCCCGAAGAAAAACAAAAAAAGUGUAUAUAGUUAUAUGUAUAGUUAGAUUAUAUAUAUGUAUACACGCAUACAUACGCGGCCGUGUGUAUGUCCUGUCUGUAAGUGUGAGUCUGUAGCACGCGUGCACAGAAGCCCCUGUGCAGCUGCAACCGCGCGGACGCGUGUGCGCCCGUGUAAACCAUGCGCGGGGAUGGAACAAUGUCGGCGGGAAGACUCGCGCGCGCGCGAACGCCGCACGUUUACACAGGCGCAGACACGUACGGACAAGCAGCCGCAGACGCGAGAAGACGCCGGCGUGCGUGCCGGAGAAACCAAUGUCCACGAUGAGUCCACGAGAAGUCGCGGAGGUCCUUCGCGAGACGCUGCGGAGUGGUGUCUCUAUCUUUUUCACGCCGCCGCGAAAUCUUGCGGAGUCGAGCGUGGACUCGGAACCACGAAAGACACGAGACCGUGCACGCACAGGCCGGAGCGGGCCGGAGCUGAUUAGAGUAAUAAGCGAGAACCGUGCGAGCGUGAGCGCGCGGACAGGCGCGUGCGAACGAUCGUCUCGUUCGGCGGAGGCCGCGCCGCUGUGUGGCUCUCGAGCUUCUGUUUCUUUCUUGUACAACGCGGCCUCACAUCUGAUCGUGGAUAGACUCUUGGUCUAACGUUUCCUCGUUGCUUUCGCGACCCUCCGCCGUCCUCGUCCGGUCCUCUCUGUCGCGUUCAGAGGGUUCUUUAAGGCCCCCCCCCCCCGACGGACCUGUCGAGAGACGAUCUCCUGCGCCGGGCCCGGUCGACUACGUGGAACAAUCUUUGACCGCCCGCGCGAAUCUCCGGGACGACUCUGUACAAACUCUUGGGACUUGCUGGCUCAAAGACAGUCGGUCCUCGUCGAAUCACCUGUACAGAGCGUUCUUCACGGUCCGCGGGAGGUUCUUGCUCGGUUGUUUACUGCGAUCUUCUGUGGAGGACCUCUUGGAUCGCCUAGAGGGAGAAAGCUAGGCGGUCCUCUCGAACUCUUGAGAUCCCCUGUACGCAGAAUCUUAGCAUGACCUAAUGCAGGGGGUCUCUGGGACCGCCUUCUCGUCGAGGGUGUCCUCGAUAGCGUUCUAGAAAAGUCUGCUUUCUGGUAGCUCGAAGGAAGAUCUCCAAAAUGUGUUCGAAACAGAUCUCCGAGCUGUGCCGACGACGCUGCAGCGAAUCGGAUGCGUUAAAUCGUUGUUAAACACCUGCGAGCGGCUUCGGUUGACACGUUCCCUAACUCGGUUCGCCUUUGUUCGUCAGAUAGUCUGUGAAAUUCGAGGUGGCUUGUUCACAGGUAUCUCUUUAAUUUAGUCGUAAAAGUUUAAGCUCCGCGGGCUCCGUUUCCGGCGCUGAGAAAUCUCUGUGAAACGAAUAUAGACGAGAAGCUAGCGCAGGAUAGAUUGUACAAUUGUAAACUAGGAAGAAUUUAAUCGACGUGACAAGCACACUUUCACACGGCUAACGGGGGUCUCUGUAAAGCGCGCGUACAAGUCAUGCUCGAGCAUGACGGAAACGUUGUUAGCGGACGUGUUAAUUCUGGCGCGCCGAGCAUUCGGAUCGAUGCGACGUUCGAUCGUGGCCGAAAUUAUAUUUCACGGGGAACCGGAAGCGGACGGGGAGGAGGGCGGCGAGCGUCCGAAUAUCGGCGGUCAAUCGAAAAAGUGAAAUAACGAACGAAGGAUACUUGGGAGAACGACGCUUUUCUGCGCACGGACUAGGUCCUAGUUCUCUAAGAAACGUUAAUUACUGUAGCGUAUCCCACGUGGUGAUGGUACACAAGUGAUUCUAGUUGUUUUUAUCGUAAGGUAGAUCAAGUGCUUCUUUUCUUUUUUUCUCUCACUCUCUCUCUCUUUCUCCGUACAUUUUACAUUUUACCGUCUCUUUUACGUUGACUUUCGGCGCUCGGUCGUCUCGCGCCGUUGAGGAAAAUCGCUCGAAGUCAAAGCUCGAGUGCGGGGAAAGCGUCGCGACGGGGUCUCUUUGAGCCAAUCGUUUCACUCUCUCUCUCUCUCUUUUUCUCUCUUUCUAGUUUUUCUCUGUCUCUCUCUCUCUUCCUCUUUUUCUUUCCUUUCUCCACCAAUCUGUCGCGCUUCGAUAGCUCGUCGCAACGGACACGCGAACUCCAACAUACGAAUCAUUUGUCUCUUGUAAAUAUUUACUGAAGAAACCGUGCCGAUCGAAUUUCCCCCCCUGUGCGUAUCGUCUCGCGACGAUACGCGAAUCGUUCUCUUUCUCGGUUCUGCCGACGGUUUCGUAGCGUUUAAGCUUCGCGAAAGGAAAAAAGACUCGCGCGAGAGAGAACUUCUUUGCUCGCGGAAGAGGAACGCUGUUUUCGCCCCUCUGUUCUAUAUAUACUUUCAUUCUUCGGCCACCACCCCUCUUGAAGCACCCGCGCCGCCGCCGCGGCGACGCGGAUUCUAACGAUCGCUAAUCGCAGAAAUUGCGCACCGAGAGGGCUGCUCUUAGACAACAGCGAAUCGUAUCUCUCUGUCCGUAGCUGCUUCCUCUUGUCCCGCGGAUCAGCGGUGCACACUGCCGGCCAAGACCGUGGACGCCAUUGAUAACCGUCAUCAUCAACGUUCAAUCGUGUUCCAGCGAAUGAGAUUUUUAUGUUUAAUUUGUUCGAGAAUUGAUUACAGUAUGAUUUUGCCGGAAUUCCAAAGUUCCAUGGAACGAACCACGACGCCCGACUUUUAAUCGUCAGAUUAUAUCCAGUGAUUAUUAUUUAUUUGCCACGGGCCCCGGUUCUCCAUUGCUUCCGCGCACUCUCCCACGGAAAAGAAAAAUGGCACUACCUUUGCGACGGCCUAAUAUUUCUGGCGACCACGACGAAAUUCCUUUUCGAAUUAAAAGCGUUCAUUUGUCUGAAGCCGAGUCUCCUCGUUUCGGUGCCUUCUCUCGAUCCUUGCGACGCGGCAGAAAUGCCGCGCUCUGCAAACGUUGUAUUGCAAUCAAAUCGUCGACCACGUUCAUUGUUUUCCCCGAUCGAUGAUCGUGUACCAUGCGAUUGACCCGCAGUGUAACCGACCGCGAAUGAAAAUGGCGAGCAAAGCCCCGCCACACACACACACACACACACACACACACACACCGCCUUUCACGAAUCUACAGAGUAACUCACAGAUUUGCUAAAAAAAAGAAAAAGAAAAAGAGAUUCCAACGGGGUCCGAUCAGAGUAAUUUGUACAUAAUCUUCGCGUUCUCUGCUGCAAUGGUUCGUUCGGGGAAUCGCGAAGAAGUUUCGCGGUUCCCUAAAAAAGAAAAAAAAAAGAAAACGAGCAAGGAGAAAUAAUUAACGAAAUUCCGGGAUCCAAGCAAAAUCGGAUAUCGUUGGAUACCGCCCGUUGUAACGGCAGCCUUCAGAGAGAGAAUGAAAAAAAAAAACACUGUGAGCCACUGUGUAAUUUACGCGCGACUAAUAUUUUACAUACUGUUGAUGCGUUAGAUAAGCGAUUCUGCUCGUUGCAACGCUCAGUGACAAUAAUCGAGUAUAAUUAAUACAUAUACAUAUAUAUGUUUUUUAGCACUUUUUGCGACGUAAAAAAUGGGAAACCGACACUGAGAGUACGUUUUUUGUCCCGGUUGUACGUAGAAGAAGCCCUUCUUCUCUCAUUUUCAUUCGUUUAUUUUUUUAUAUACAUAGUAUAUAUAUACACCAUAAUAUAUAUACAGAAUAUGUACGCUUGUUAAUAUCGAUUUUUCGUUUGUUUUUUUUUUCGAGAAAAAGGACGUUGAUCAUUUUAUCGGUCUGAUCGGUUGCUUGACCAAUUGACUCCGCGGAGAAAAAAGAAACCAUGAAGAGCUUAUUACUAUAUUAUAUCGUAUAUAGAAUACGUUAAAUAACUAUGUAUGUGGUACACAUGCAUAUAUAUGUAUAUUUGUAGAUACAGACGAAGAAAUUAAUUUUUGUAGGAGGCCUUGUCAAUGACAGAUUCGCUGCGAACAAUUUCUUUCAAUCUU